AGAGAUCAUUCAGUGUUUAUUAUUUUGCGGCUGCAUUUGUAAAUUGUAAACAACAACAAUAAAUAUGGAUCUACUAAGAAUUAUUAUAAAUAUAAUGAGCAUAAUAAUCCUGGAAAAUUGUUUGACGCGUACAGAAGCAUUAGUAGCAGCUCGUGGUUGUGCAAUUGCUACUAGUUCUGAUUUCUCUGUGUUUUGUGAAUAUUUGGAGGAUUUUUCUGAGAUUUUACAACAGUUGGACGCAGAGCAAAUUCAAAAAACUGAUUCAAUGCUGUAUGUUGGCUUGGUCAAAGAUGGGAAAAUUAGUAAAAAUGCAGUACCAGUACCAAAAUUACAAAAAUUAUCCAUGACUAUUUACAAUCUUACAUCAAUUGAGGAAAACGCAUUCUCAAAUUUAGAAAACUUGGAAGAUUUAUCAUUAGCUGGAAAUUUACAAUUUGAUACAAUCAAACCAAAGGCAUUUGGGAAUUUACAUAAAUUACAACGUCUAGAUAUAAGCCAGUGUAAUUUAAUUGCACUUGAAAAAAAUACUUUCUUAUCAUUAACGAAUUUAAAAUUCUUAGAUUUAUCAUUAAAUCGUAUUACAUAUUUACAUCCAGAGGUAUUUCAUCCAUUAACAAGUAUGGAAAGUUUAAAUAUAAAACGUAAUGAUUUAAAAAGUAUUCCAUCAAUGCUAUUCUUUCAUUCCCAUAAUUUGUUAAGAGUAAAUUUAGCGUACAAUGAAAUUAAAACUUUGGGAGAGUACGUUUUUCGUAGAAAAAACAUUGCUGCAUCGAAUGGAAAAGAGAAUGAUUGGUCAACGAUUCAAGAAUUAGAAAUUGAUAACAAUUUUGAAAUAAUGCUUGAUGAGGAUGUAUUUUGGUUUUUGUCAAAUGUGGAAAAUUUAAGUUUGACAAAUAUGAAUUUAACUAGACUACAAAAAAAACUUUUUGAGAAUCAAUUGAAAUUAAAAAGUUUGAACUUAGCGGACAAUCUAUUGAAAGAUAUCGAUCAAACAGUAUUCGAGUCAAUGGAACAAUUACAACGAUUAAAUUUAUCAAGAAAUCAUAUAGAAUCUUUGCCGGAAAAGAUUUUUAAAUCCAAUAAACAGCUCUCAACUAUUGAUUUGAGCUACAAUCAGUUAAAAACAAUUCCUGAACGUUUAUUUGCUACAUUGAAUUUCUUAGAAACUUUGGAUUUAACAAAUAAUGCGUUAACAAUUUUAUCAUCAUCAUUUUUUCAGGAUAUAAAAAAUCUCAAAUUUUUAACUUUGGAUGGAAAUCAAAUACCUUUUAUCCAACUUGGUUUACUGAAUAACUUAGCAUAUGUGACCGACUUUUCGCUAGUUGGAAAUCGGCUAUUGGCAAUCGAAGAUGGAGCCUUUAUAAAAUUAAAUAGUUUGGUGAAUUUAGAUUUAAGCUAUAAUCGAAUACAAAUUUUAGGUCCCAAGUUAUUUGAAACUUCAGAUGACGAUAAGAAAAAUAAGUUUUCACGUUUAUUAAUAUUACGCGUCGAUUUUAAUGAACUAACACAAUUACAUUCCGAAACAUUUACACCGUUAACACUGCUAAGAGUUUUAUCAAUGGCGAGUAAUAAAAUAAGAAAAUUGGACGAGAAUACAUUCAAUUCCUUAGGUAAAUUAGAAAAUUUGGAUUUAGAACCAAAUGUUUUUCAAAAUUUGAAUAAUAUCAAUACCAUAAACUUAAAAACCAAUAAACUAAAAGCGUUAAAUAAGGGAGUGUUUGAUAAUGUUCCGUCAUUACAAACUGUCAUUCUUACAUCGAAUAAUAUUGUAGACAUUGAUGAAGAAACAUUCCGUCAAUCGAAUAUUACGACAGUGGUGUUGAAUGAUAAUUCAUUAACGCGUAUAAAUCCAGGCGUUUUUGAAUAUACGAAGCUUCAACAAGUGAAUAUUGAUUUUAAUCCUUGGCAGUGUGCAUGUUUAGACCCCGUUCUGGAAACGAUAAAAAGACAAAAAAUUGAAUUUCGAUUGAAAAAUUUACCAUUUUCAUUUGAUGGACAAAUACCAUGCUGUAUUGUGACGAGGAAUAAAGUAUGUUUUACCGAUCCGAUUGUUACAUUUAAUCUUCACAAAGAAUUUCUUCAAAGUUUGUAUCCCUAUGCUUUCUAUAUCUCACAAUAUGUUUUUACGUCUUCAAUUUGUUUAAAUGAUGAUUAUUGUCCGGAAUUAGAUGUGCCAGAAUCCGAUGAUGAAUAAUUUAAUGCAGCAAUAUUUUUAACAUUUUUAUUUCAUUUGUUUCAUUUAUAACGGA